CGCCCCUCCUCUUCUCCCUGGGAACGCGCCCCGCGGCCCGAGCGGUUUCCAUGGUGACGGGAGCGGGCGGACAGCGGCGCCGCCGCCAUGUUCAGUGCUAAGCUGCUCCUGGUGGGUCCGAGCGAGAGUGGAAAAACUGUUCUGGCAAAUUUUCUUUCUGAUGCAACAGAAGCCACUGGUGGUGAGUACAGCCCUACUCAAGGAGUCAGAAUACUGGAAUUCGAGUGUCCAAAUGUGAAUGCUGGUGGUAAAAAUGUUGGAUGUGAAGUGGAACUCUGGGAUUGCUCUGGUGAUCAGAAGUUUGAGACCUGCUGGCCUGCUUUAAUGAAAGACUCCAAUGGAGUUAUCAUUGUGUUUAAUGUUGAUAUACCCAGCCACCUGAAAGAGAUUGAGACGUUCUAUUCCUACUUUGUUCAGCAGCAACGGUUACAUGACUCUCAAUGUCUUCUCAUUGCUCACCACAAACCAAGCUCAGCAACUGGUAGAGGUCGGCCAAGUCUGGCCCAGCAACUAAACAAGCUGAGUUUGAUCCAUUCAAACCUAGAAGAGGAUCCAGAACAAGUCCGUACAGCUUUCCGUCAGUAUCUGGGGACAGUUGUCAGUUCUUUGUCUGAAAGCAGAGACAAAGAAGAGAUGUCAAUCAUCACCUAAACUGCUGAGGGAUUUUAAAUAGUUCCCGAAUGGAGCAACUUCAAUCAAAAAUCCAAAAUUGCAUCCAUUGGCAUAGUUCCAGCUCUUUUCCCUGUUCCACUUCUUCACUCAUCAUAUUUGCCCACAGAGAAUGCAGGUGGAUUAUCGGAUUCCUGUGCAGUACCACUGCCUGCACUCUGAUCCUGCUGUCUGCGGCUAUUCUGAAAGGCCAAGGAAGUUGCUUCCAAAUAUUUUUCAUACUUUACCAUGAUAUCUAGGCAACAAAUUGGAAAUGCAAGGAAUAUUAGUAACUUCAGAGUCCAAUAUUCAAAAUGGGAGAUAGCGAACAGAUUUAGAUUGAAUGUGAUUGAAGUCAGAUGCAUAGUAUUUAUUACAAAAUAUUAUCAGUGCCCUCUUCCAAAUGUUUUUUAAAAAAGACAAUGUCUGUUUAGUUUUGAAUUUGCAUUGUUCUUUUAAGAUUUCUUUUAAUUGGCAUUAGCCAGGCAAACCAAUGAUCUACCAAACCAAACUUCCACUUGUCUGUGGCUCAGAGUGGAAUGACUAACUGAAAGUCCAUGUGUAUCAGUAUUAACUGACUAUUAAAAUACAUUUUGUAAAUAU